AAAAGGCGAGUAGACACAGCCAUGUACAGAAAUGUUCUGAGAUACCCACUGCAGAUGUUUUGGCCGUGAUGUCGAUACUCAUUUGACGGUUCAGUACCCAUGACUUCGCGCCACAUGAAGUUCGUGCAGAGAAAUCCGCGGGAAAUGACCAUUGCGCUGGGUACGGGGCUACAUCUUACCCUUGCAUGCAGCUGAUCCGACAUUGCACCCGUCGGGAUCACGGCGAUGCACGAAGCGCAAACGUUUGUCGUUCCCAUCGCCUUCGACGCGUCCCGGCCUACGAAAUGAAAACGAGUCUUCCGAUAGGGUUCCUAGUAGCAGUUUCCAUCCCGAGUAUCGAAGUUCAUUCGACGAGUGGGCGCUGCCUCGAAAAGAGCAAACGUUCUUAUAAUAUGUAAUCUGCCA